AUGUCGAAAUCAAAGGAUAGCGGCCCCUCUGGCAGCUAUCACCAGGAGUAUAUUGCGUCCCUACGAUAUCGCAAUGAUCUUCCUCCGCCAGAGAUGCCUCCUAAGUUCUUGGACAUUCCGCACGAAGGACUAGAGCGUUUCCUAACGGCUGGUUUUGCGUCCAACAUGGUGCGCCGGGAAGAACCCAACAUUGACGUUGAUGCCGAGGGUGGAAUGCCAAUUGACUUGGUUGGCAUACCAGGCCUGCAUUUGGGGGACGAGAGCGCUAUCAUGGCCCCCGAAAACCCUCCACCAAUAGAUCCAGCUGACUUGCCUCUUCUCAUGACGUUGGAUCAGCUGAGGAACCCGGCGCCAAAGAAUGUGAAUGUUAGUUUCCUUAGACGAACACAAUACAUCGCAUCAAGUGGCAUGGCCCGUGGUAUUGAUUCAAAGGGGUCUGUCUUCAUCGGAGGUCCUCGCAAGGGAGCAAAGCCGAAGCCAUCCCGUGACGAUCCUACAUACGUCAAGAAGUACAUCCAAAAGGGCUUUGAUGUCGCUUAUCCGAAAAGCAAACAUUCCGGUCCAGAUACCGCGGGCCAGAUUCAGGGUUUGACACCAACAAAGGCUGAACUCGAUGCAUGGGCAAAUCCCGUUCAUCCAGAUAACCCAAAACUUAAGCCCGUUGGUUUUUAUCCCGUCAUUCCAGACGUGGACGGAUUUCCUGAUUCCGGUGGAUUCUUACAAUUCAAGUUUGACAAAACACCAGUUCCGCCAGUUAAUGGGCGGCGUGAUGAACGUAUGGAUAUGUCUAUCCUUAUCCCGUCAUCACCAGAACCUAGAGUCUUGCAACAACACACCUCCAAGUCUCAACUACACAAGGCAAACCCAGCCCUCUACCCAGACCCUGGCCCAAUUCCUUUCGAUUACGACUUAUAUCUCCCACAGAAGCAAAGUUCUACAAAACAAAUCCGACGAAGUCUCAACAUGACCAACCCCAACCGAGACAGCACGUCAAACUAUGCCCAUGAAAAUUCAUCUGGAGAUAAAUAUCAUCACUAUGACAGACUCCGAACAUAUGCAACAAACUCUCAAGUCUUGAACACAGAGCAUAAGUACAAAGACGUCUCUAUAGUACUGUUUGAUCCCGCCGAGAUACCAGAAGGUGAACGUGAUAUGUUCAGGCUAAACCAAAAAGCCGCAUACUAUUACCCAAUCAUCUCAAAAACGCGCAUAAAGCCAGAGCGUUCUCAAAAGAUUGCCCGGGCAGGCCUAGCGCCAACUAGAGCUACCGCUAAGGAAGAUCAGGUUGAUCAGAUACAAGUUAAGCUACGUGAUCCGAUCAUGGAAGAGUCACAUAAACGUGCAGGGCAUCGAGCUCAGAUUGAUUCCAAAUACACGAAUCCCUUUUCUGCAGAAGAGCCGGAAAAGAGCCAAAAUGAGGCUGAUGUGCCUGGUGAUGAAGAAAUGGCUGAUAAUGACAACGACGACUAA